AGAGGGACAACUUCCUUGUGAAGACAAACCACUUCCGGAUCAGUCCCCGGCUGUUUGGUGGAGUUAUUGUUGUGGGUUGUUGCUGUUUAAUUUAAAACCUUAAUCCAUGGGGCUAAGCGUUUUCACUCUUAACAGCUGCAAGGUGAUGAUGCCGUCUGAGGGCACUUCGUGGCUAUGGGUUUCCAGUACGCAUCAAUAGGAUUCUCUCACUGCAGUCGGGAGGCUGUGUCUAUCCCCACCAUGCAACAGGAUUUCUGAGAUUCUUUGUUUUUCCAACUGAUUUCUAAUAAGCCAGGGAGCAAUUCUGUUUCAAUUUAACUGUGUACCUGCACAAAACUCCCAGUACAAUGAGCAACAGAAGGAAGCGCACAGCCCCAGUGCGGGUAGAUGAGGAAACAAAGAAAAAGCUGAGCUGGAACAUGUGUGAUGACUUGAAGGAGCCACAUCCAUUUGAAGCACUGGAUGACAGCAAUAAUCCCUCAGCUGUGGACCUGAGUUUCCCAGGACACAGACAGGCAGACACACUGCUGGAUAGCAGUUUGAAAUUGGAUGAGCUGUUGAAUAUCUCUGCUGUGUCUGAGGUCGAGGAUGGAGAAAGUUCCCUUCUGUCAAGUACCACCACCCAGCUCAGCCUUGCUGUCUCCCCAAUCCCCUCGGGUGAAGAGUGGCGAGCACUGUUGGAUGAGUUCACCCUCCAACUUCCAUCAGGGCAAGUAUUUCCAGAGAAGCUCUGUUCUCUUAAUAUAAGCUUAAUGAAGACCAGUGUUGAUGAUCAGUUGCAAGUCUCAGUCAAGAGCAAAUGUGGCGAUUCUGAGAGUGAUGGCCAUGAAGAAUUCACGGGCUGUGUAAGAACUUCACUCAGUUAUAAGGUGCUGGAGGACAUAACGUGGCUUCAAAAAAAGAACGUACUUGGAUUGUUCCAAAAAGACAUUGAAGACUGUCAAACACUGAAGAUCGGUAUAUAUCUUCUUGAGUCUGGUUUGGGAAAACCAGAGUUCCUGAGUGAAGGAAGCUGCAGGAUCAGAAAGACAAAUGCAUUGAUGCAGAAACUCAUAGAAUACAUUUAUGACUUAACAGUACCAGAGGUCACAAAUGUCACAGAAGAAGCCGAUAAAGAGCGGGAAAGGGAGAAUGUUGAAGAACUUUAUGAUUUUGUACGGCAUGCACAUCAGCAGGAAAGUCUGUGCAUUGAGAAGGUUCAGCACCCUCUGCUUGUCCCAACACUCAGACCGUAUCAGUGCCAGGCUGUCAGUUGGAUGCUUCAGAAAGAGCAGUAUAGUGCUGGCCCUUCAUCAAGCAAAAGUGCCCUCCACUUGUUAUGGAAAGAAGUCAUCACAAAGGAUGAGAAAAACUUAUAUUACAACCCCUACACUGGCUGCAGUGACUACACUUCAAAAGAGUGCUUCACUUUGGGAUGUCCGGAGGGCAUGAAAAGAGCUAUAGAGAGCAUUAUUCGUGAGCUCCCUCUACAAAGUGCAGAUUGGCCCGGGGGAAUCCUUGCAGAUGAGAUGGGACUGGGGAAAACUGUGGAGAUGUUGGCACUCAUUCUGACCCACACACGUCAAGAAAUUAAACAAGACACGCUGUCGCUCCCAGAGGGGAAAUUUGUAAAUUAUUACAUACCACCUUCACCACCUGCAGCCUCUUGUAAAGCAAAAAAGAAGAAAACUGAAGUCAAACCCAAGGAAAAGGUGAACUAUCCUAGUCUGCGAGUAAUGCUAAUUACUGCAAUAAAGGAAAUGAAGGUGAAGAAGGCAACUUCUGUCAGUGCUAUGUAUAAAUACAUCACUGCUACCUACACAUAUGACAUUCAGCGGAAUCGCCACCUAAUCAGGAAGACCUUGGCCAAACUUAUUGCAGAACAAGUGAUUGAACAGGUCAAAGGUCAUGGAUUGGCAGGGUCCUUCAGGAUGGGAAAAAAUUACAAGGAACAAGUGAAAAGAAAUGGAUCAGAAAAGCAGAAACCAAGCCCUGUGAAAAACGUGUUACAUGUUUUUCUAAAUAAUGAGCAAGAGGUGAAAAGAGAAGAAGGCAACACAACUUUGAAUGCCACUGACCCAAGCAAAUCGUUGGCAAGUGAUUCUUUUGCAUGUCUCCUGGAAAAUGAAAACAGAGAAACUGAGCAACACCAGAAUUCAAUAAAAUCACCUGAAACAUCACAGGACUUUGAUUCAAAACAGGAAGAAGUUCCUAAUGAAGGGCUAGAGAGGAUCCCAACUGGACAAGGCAUCAUGGAGAAUAAUACAAUUGAUGAAAUAAAGGAAAAUUCUGUCACUCCACUGCAGCUGAUGAUAAAUGAUAAAAGCUGCCCAAAUGUCCUCCAGAGAGAUUCUCAAGAAGACCUGGAUUUGCUCCAUCCCUCUAAAACGGCCCUUCCCUUUAACAAUUCAAAGUGUCAUUUUGAAUGUAUCUGUGGGGAAAGUGGAUUGGUUGAUUAUAAAGCACGGGUGCAGUGUCUGAAAUGCCAUUUAUGGCAGCAUGCUGCAUGUGUUAAUUACAAGGAAGGAGACCUAAAGAUUAGACCGUUCUACUGCCCACAUUGUCUGGUCAUGAUGCAACCUGUGCCCACAUCUGCAACCCUCAUUAUCUCACCCAGUUCAAUCUGCCACCAAUGGGUGGAUGAAAUUAACAGGCAUGUGAGAUCUUCUUCCGUUUCCAUCUUGGUGUAUCAAGGAGUGAAGAAGCAUGGCUUUAUUCAGCCUCAUGCCCUGGCAAAACACGAGAUAGUCAUCACAACGUACGAUGUGCUUCGAUCGGAGCUAAACUAUGUUGACAUUCCUCACAGCAACAGUGAUGAUGGGCGUCGAUUACGCAAAGAGAAGCGUUACAUGGCCAUUCCAAGCCCAUUGGUUGCAGUGGAGUGGUGGAGAAUCUGUCUGGACGAGGCUCAAAUGGUGGAAUGUGCCACUGCCAAGGCUGCAGAAAUGUGUCUACGGCUAAGUGCCAUCAAUCGUUGGUGUGUCACGGGAACUCCAGUCCAGAGGGGGCUAGAAGACCUAUAUGGAUUAGUUCUGUUUUUGGGUGUGGACCCAUUUUGGGUUAAACACUGGUGGGACCAACUCCUAUACCAACCUUACUGCAGGAAGAAUCCUAUUCCAGUCUACACACUCAUUGCAAAGAUCAUGUGGAGGACGGCAAAAAAGGAUGUGCUUGAUCAGAUCCAGAUCCCCCCUCAGACUGAGGAAGUUCACUGGCUGCGGUUUUCACCAGUAGAAAGGCACUUCUACCAUCGCCAGCAUGAGAUUUGCUCCCAGGACGCACUGCAGAAGUUGAGGAAAAUUUCCGAUUGGAGCAUCAAGUUGAGCAGUCUGGACAGGCGGACAGUUGGUUCCAUUCUAUAUCCCUUGUUGAGAUUAAGACAGGCGUGCUGUCAUCCGCAGGCUGUACGAGGAGAGUUCCUUCCACUGCAGAAGAGUACCAUGACGAUGGAAGAACUCUUAAAGUCUCUUCAGAAAAAAUGUUGCACAGAGUGUGAAGAGGCUCAUCGGCAGCUAGUGUGUGCUCUUAAUGGAUUGGCUGGCAUUCAUAUUAUCAGAGGUGAGUUCAUAACAGCAGUUGAAUAUUACAGAGAGGUCCUGCGUUCAUCCGAGGAACACAAAGGUAAACUUCAAACAGACUCUUUACAGCGACUCCAUGCUACCCACAACCUUAUUGAGCUCUUGGAGGCAAAGCACACAGGGAUCCCACCAACUCUCCGAGAUCACAAGCUUCGGGAAGAAGCUGAACAUCUUAGACAGCACUACUUGAGCAAAUCAGAUUCCGAAGUUUCUGUAGCAUGUCAAGCUUUGCCGCCAGUUCAGCAGAACAUCCGUGAACUACAACGCAAGCAGAUUCACUUUGGAGCUCCUUGGUGGCUUGGUAUCGUUGAAUGUAUACUUCAGGCAGACCUGGGUGAAGAGCUGGUGACAAGGGUGCAGAAUGAAAUCUCAUCCAACUACAAACAUCAACCUAACAAACUCUCCAUGGCUGAAAAGUUCCGGGAUUGCAGAGGCCUACAGUUUUUGCUGACUGUGCAAAUUGAAGAGUUGAAGAAAUCCCAAAAGACGGUGCAGGACUCGGUCAAGAAUCUGGAGGCCCCUCCAUCACAAGAAGAAAUUCGGCUUGCCACAGUGUGUCAUCUUCGUCCUGUCCGAUUUCCCCUGAACAAUUGUCAAUUCUGUAAGGCAGACGAAUUAUUUACAGAAUAUGAAUCUAAGCUGUUCUCACAUAGUGUUAAGGGGCAGAGAGCAAUCUUCGAAGAGAUGAUUGAAGAGGAUGAGGGCCUGGUUGAUGAACGCCUGCCAACCACUAGUCGUGGACUGUGGGCUGCAAGUGAGACUGAACGUGCUUUAAAAGCCAUCUUAGCCUUUGGGAAAGCACACCGUAUGGAUACCUUGCUAAUAGAAGAAGGGAACAUCUUCAUGGAACUGUUUGAGUCUUGGAAAAAAGAAUACAAGUUGCUUCAUGAAUAUUGGAUGGCACUGCGUAAUCGUGUUUCUGCUAUUGAUGAGUUAGCCAUGGCAACUGAGCGCUUUCAAGUGCGCCUUCCAGAUGAGCCCAAACCAAGUCUUCCUGUUCUUCACAUCAUUGAGUCACAUGAGGUGGAACAAAAUCGAAUGAAGCUCUUAAAUGACAAAGCUGUAGCCACGUCACAAUUACAGAAGAAGCUCGGUCAAGUCCUCUACCUCACAAAUCUAGAGAGGUCUCAGGAUUCAUCUACAGGCAGCGUCAAUCCAGAUCCCUGUCCAAUCUGUGCACGGCAAUUAGGACAGCAGUGGGCAGUACUGACUUGUGGACACUGCUUCUGCAAUGACUGCAUAGCCAUUAUAAUAGAACAGUACAGUGUUGGUGCUCGCCGGAGCGUUAUUAAGUGUGCGAUUUGCAGACAGACAACAGCACACAAAGAAAUCUCUUACGUAUUCACAACUGAGGCUGCAAACAAAGAAGAUGAAUUUCCCAUUAAAGGUAGCCAUUCUACCAAAGUGGAGGCUGUGCUCAGGACAUUGAAGAAAAUCCAGCAAAAGGAGCCUGGAGCCAAGGCCUUGGUGUUCUCCACGUGGCAGGAUGUGCUGGAUAUAAUCGGGAAAGCCUUAUUGGAUAAUAAUAUGGAGUUUGUUCAGAUCAAUGGACUGCACAAGUUCCAGGAGAAUCUGUCGGCUUUUAAAUACGAUUCCAAGAUCAACAUUUUGCUGCUGCCUCUCCAUACAGCAUCGAAUGGUUUAAACAUCAUUGAAGCAACGUACGUGCUGCUGGUGGAGCCUAUAUUAAACCUUGCUCAUGAACUACAAGCAAUAGGAAGAGUGCAUCGUAUUGGACAAACAAAGGCAACUGUUGUUCAUAGGUUUCUAAUUAAAGCAACAAUAGAGGAGAGGAUGCAGAGUAUGCUUAAAAGUACUGAAAAAAGUCACAACAAGUCGGUAAUUGUACAGUCGGAAGCUUCUGUCCUGACGGUGGGGGACCUGGCAGAUCUCUUCUCAGAGGAAGAGAGGACUACAGAUGAAUGAAAGAGGAUCAUUGACUUAAGCACUGAAGAUUAAUAACGUACACCUCCUGCUUUAUUAUUUAUUGUGGAGUCUGAGCAUCAUUAAGAAAAGGACUUGAACUCCACCCGGACAAUAAUGAAAUUGAAACAGACCUGAACCACAAGUAAAAUCAAAUUAAGGGAGAAAUUCUGUUCUUGUUUUGUUUAUUAAUAAGCCCAAAUUUUGGAAUGUUAAAUACAAAAGGGAAUGUCUAGUGAGAUGUUCAAUACCGCUUGAAGGACCAAGGUCAAGAAUGAAACAUUGAAUCACAAUGGGGAAGGUCGAAAAUGAAACAGUUGGCUCAAAUUUUGCUGUAGCAGGGCAUCUAAUGGCAUCUGCCAUCAGUUAAACUUCCCUUAUGCUCUUCAGCUCAAAACAUUUUUGCUAAAAAUAUGAGCUGAUAAUGGCAUAGUGAAAGAAGUGAGGCAUCAGUGACCUGAGUGAACAGGGCAAACAACAGGGCAUUUGCUUAACCAAAGUGCUGUAAGAUUGGGAAAUAAACACAAGAAGGAUUGUGAAGGAGUGUAAAUUAACGGGGGUUAAUUCAAUGUCAAGUACAAAAACAGAAAUGCAGGGAAAGAAAGAUUACGUUGAGAGAAAAAAAAAGAGACAAGGAAAUUAAGCAAAAUAUUUAAAAUUUGGCCUUUUUAAAAUCUUCCUCAGAAAUGUAAUGCCUGAAGGAAUGAAAUUCUACUAGUAUUUGUUAAUUUCUGGCACCAGAGAGGUUGAUUGACAGUAAUUAACACUUAACAUGUCAUUAAAAGUCUUCUUAUUCUAGAACUUACCAGAAUUAACUCUGUGGUGAGUUUAAGGGGUAAAUACAGCAAGGUUCUUUUAAAAAGAAGGGGAGGCUAAAAAUGAGAUGCCGUUUUCAUGAAGCUAAUGGCAGAGUCAAGCAACUUGGACAACAACACUUGGAUAGGGGGAGACGAUGGUGUAGUGACAAUGCCACUGGACUAGUAAUCUAGAGACCCAGGCUAAUGCUCUGGGGACAAAGCUGGAGGAAUUUAAAUUCAGUCAAUAAUCUGGAAUUGAAAGCUAGUCUCAGUAAUGGUGACCAUGAAAAUAUCA